CAACUUCUUCGGUUUACUGCUUCAUUUCAACGAAAUCAAAUAGUAUAUCGCAUCCCGUUCCCAAAUCCAACACACGGCGAAGGAAAAAAGAAAAUAAGGGAGAAUAGUAAGUAGGUGUCUUUAUUUUCGAUCUUUAUCAUGUAGUAAAGCUCCCGUAGAGCUUGAAGCACAAUCUUGAUCUUUAAUUCACACGAUCUCCAUCGUCCAUUUCCCCUUUUCUACUACACGCCAUGUCCUCCUUCUCCUCCGCCGUAGUCCGAUCUCUUUCUUGUCUCUUCCUUCUCCUCCUGCUCUCUUCUUCUCUCGCUUCCGAGUCCGAUCACAAGUAUCAAUCAGAUGAUCCAGUCACACUUUGGGUAAAUAAAGUUGGUCCGUAUAACAAUCCACAAGAAACAUACAACUAUUACAGCCUUCCAUUUUGCCAUCCAACUGGUAAUCCUGCUCACAAAUGGGGUGGCCUUGGUGAGGUCCUGGGAGGGAAUGAACUUAUUGAUAGUCAGAUUGACAUAAAGUUCGAGAAAAAUGUGGAGAAAAGUGUCAUCUGUCAUUUGGAACUUGAUGAAGCAAAGGUCAAACAGUUUAAAGAUGCAAUUGAGAACAGUUAUUGGUUUGAAUUUUUCAUGGAUGAUCUGCCUUUAUGGGGCUUUGUUGGUGAUCUGCAUCCUGAUAAGAACAGUGAUAAUGGCAAGCAUGUCUUGUACACCCAUAAGAAUAUUAUGGUCAAAUACAACAAAGAUCAGAUUAUUCAUGUUAAUCUUACUCAAGAGAACCCAAAGCCUCUGGAAGCAGGGAAGCUUCUAGACAUGACAUACUCUGUCAAAUGGAUGUCAACUAAUGUCACUUUUGCACGUAGAUUUGAUGUUUAUUUGGACUACCCAUUCUUUGAGCACCAGAUCCAUUGGUUCUCCAUUUUCAAUUCGUUUAUGAUGGUUAUCUUCCUUACUGGUUUGGUAUCGAUGAUAUUGAUGCGAACUCUUCGAAAUGACUAUGCCAAGUAUGCUCGCGAAGAUGAUGAUCUGGAGACUUUGGAAAGGGAUGUGAGUGAAGAGUCUGGUUGGAAACUUGUUCACGGGGAUGUUUUCAGGUCUUCUCGCAAUUUGGUUGUGCUUUCAGCUGUUGUUGGCACAGGUGCACAGCUUGCAUUGCUUGUCCUCCUCGUUAUUCUAAUGGCAAUUGGGGGAACGUUGUAUAUUGGGAGAGGAGCAAUUGUCACUACUUUCAUUGUAUGCUAUGCUCUUACAUCAUUCAUUUCUGGUUAUGUGAGUGGAGGGAUGUACUCACGUCAUGGGGGUAAAAAUUGGAUAAAGUCAAUGAUCCUCACAGCCUCCCUUUUUCCAUUUAUGUGCUUUGGAAUUGGAUUUGUUUUGAACACAAUUGCUAUAUUCUAUGGAUCUUUAGCAGCUAUUCCCUUUGGCACAAUGGUUGUUGUCUUUGUGAUUUGGGCUUUCAUUUCUUUCCCUCUGGCACUUCUUGGUACGGUUGUUGGAAGAAAUUGGAGUGGUGCUCCAAACAACCCAUGUCGUGUGAAGACUAUUCCUCGUCCCAUUCCUGAGAAGAAAUGGUAUCUAACCCCUUCUGUGGUCUCAAUGAUGGGGGGGCUGUUACCUUUUGGCAGCAUAUUUAUUGAGAUGUAUUUUGUCUUCACGUCUUUCUGGAAUUACAAGGUGUACUAUGUCUAUGGCUUUAUGCUGUUGGUUUUUCUGAUUCUCAUCAUCGUAACUGUUUGUGUGACAAUUGUGGGAACAUAUUUCCUAUUAAAUGCUGAGAAUUAUCACUGGCAGUGGACAUCAUUCUUCUCUGCUGCCUCAACAGCUGUCUAUGUGUACCUUUACUCAAUAUAUUACUACUAUGUGAAGACUAAGAUGUCAGGCUUCUUCCAGACCAGCUUCUAUUUUGGAUACACUUUGAUGUUUUGCCUUGGCUUGGGAAUCCUCUGUGGAGCUGUUGGCUAUCUUGGUUCCAAUUUGUUUGUUAGGAGGAUUUACAGAAACAUCAAGUGUGACUAGAGCGUUGCGGAUGAAAAAUAGAUCCGAUGAUACUUCCUUGAGUGACUUUUUUUGACACUAAAAAAUAUCAAUGGUGAGGAAGCAUCUCACAGAUGAAAAUCACAGGGAUGUAAUUCUUUCUCUGGAUAUACGGGGAAGCCUGAGAUUUUUCUAAAUUUUUCCCCGGGCUGUAAGCGAAAGCCAUUAUUUAGAAGAAAUUCAGAGUGUUUUCAUAAUAUGGGAAGCUAGUAGCUAUAUAUUAGGGACAACCGAUGUUUUUCACUAUUUUUAUUUUGCUUUUCUUUUUUCUUUCCUUCACAAUAUUAUAGGGGCCCCUUUGUACUGAGAGGAUGAAUGUCUCAUUUCCCCUUGAAUUUGUUUUGUUUGCAUAUUUUCCAACUUCUAUCGGGGGAGGGAUUUGAGGAAAAAAUAUUGAAUUUUGUGUUCUAAAAUUUGUUUCCAUAUUCAUUACCAAUCUGUUUUCAUAA